GCUGUGCUAAAAGCCGGAGUCAUGAAUACAGAUAUUAAUACAGAGUUUAGGAAGGCGUCUGUGCCGGAUCACGCCACAUCCCAAGCGGAAACCAACGAGACCAGAGCCUCGACGAGCGAGGAUGCUUGUAAUGAUCGUGAGGCUUCACAAGAUGAUUGUAAUGGCUGUACUCCAAGUAAAAGCCGUUAUGGUAGAACAAUAAGACCCAGGUCAACCAUUCACAAUGCUAUGGACAUUGUACAGAAUUAUAAACCAAGAACACAUAGGCAACUAAUUAGUUCUGUCGAUGAUAACAUAGAUGAAAGCCUAGAAGAAAUUAAUACAGAUAAUGUAGAUGAAGUUAGCAAUUCAUCUAUGUUAAAUAACAUAGAAGAGAUUUCAUCUCCGAAAUUAAAUAAUCCUAAUAUUGAAUGUUCAUGGAUGGUAGGACAGUUGGCUUGGGCAAGAGUAGGUAAUUUCCCAUUUUGGCCCUGUAUGGUCACAGUUGAUACAUCAGAAAGAAUAUAUUAUAAACUGAGAGUUAGAGGUAAGUCAGUGAUCAUGAUGAUGCAUGUUCAUUAUUUUGGGGACAAAGGCCGUCAUAGCUGGGUUUCAGCAAAUUGUAUGAUACAAUUCACGGGCCUUGCUGAUUUCCUGAAAUUAGCAGAAUCAUUAACGACAGAAACAAAGAAAAAGGAUCCCAAGUAUGUUGCUGCUUUUGUUGUAAAACCAGGAAUAAAAAAAAAGUGGCAAAAUGCUGUCGAAGAAGCUACACAAACACAAUUAUUAUCAAGUGAGGAGAGAAUUGCGAUUUUUACGGUAAAACUUAAAGUUCGGAAGUCUAAAGUGUAUACCGUUGAUGAAAAAAGUAAAAAGAGGAGAUAUUCAAGACUGAGCUUGGAAACGGAGCAAACUGAACCUGAUGUCAAACGUCCUAAGCAGGAAAAUGUAUAUGAUACACAAAAGCCGGAAGUAUCAAAGUUACAUAAAUCGGAAUUGUCAAAGAAAAAUUCACGAAUUGCAAAUGGAAAAAUUGAUUCGAAAUUAAAUUCGGAUUCUUUGCCUUCAUCUCCUGCAAGUCAUAAAAGUUCUUUCGAAAGUACGAGCAAAUAUUUUAAAAACGAGGAAGAUGAAGAGAGUAUAUUCAAACUUUAUUAUGAAGAUAAUAAAAAUUUGUUAGAAAAUGAAUAUCCAGAUAUGCCUAAAAGCGAUAUUAAAAGAUAUUUGCGGAAAACUUGGGAUAAUAUGGAUAUAGAAUAUCGAAAAAAACUCGGAUUGCAUAUGACAACUGAAAGUUCUCAUUCACUGUCGAAAGAAAGCUCUCUGGAUGAAGAUGAGAUUAUAGAGAUUGAUACAACUAUAAAGGAAAAUAAAAGGACGAGAAAUAAGGACAGGGAAUGUCGAAAAAAACUUAGAUUAAACACGACAAACGAAAGUUCGAAAGAGAGUUCUCCAGAUGAAGAUGAAACAAUAGAAAUUGAUACAAAUAUAAAGGAAAACAAAAAGACGAAAAGUAAAAUUGACAAGGAAGAAAAUUCUGUUUCGGAAAUAAAACGAAGUAGAUUGUAUAAUCUCUUUAAAGGUAUGAAACAAGAAAAAGUUUGUCAGAUUUGUGAGAAGACAGGCAAGUUAACGAGAUGUAAAGGGCCUUGUUAUUCUUAUUUUCAUUUAUCAUGUGUUAAACCUGGCGAAUCUAGUCCAGAAUAUUCUGUUGACGAGAACACAUUGGAUGACAGAUUACUUAGUGAUUUAAACAUAAUUAAGAAAAGUAUUAAUGAUGAAAGUGAAAAUAAUGAUAAAUCUGAUGAGCAAGAGGACGAGACAUUCAAAUGUAUUGAUUGUUUAUCUGGCGUAGCACCUGCAUGUUUCCUAUGCAAUGAGAGGGAAGGGGAUAGAAUAAGAUGUAUUGUCCCAGCUUGUGGAAAACAUUAUCAUUCUAAUUGCUUGAUAUCGUGGCCACAAUCACAUUGGCAAGGUGGACGUUUGACAUGUCCAUACCAUGUAUGCCACACCUGCAGUUCUGAUAAUCCUCAAGAUAAACGUUCUCGUGCCCCGAACGAAAAAAUGGCGAGGUGUGUUCGUUGUCCUUCAUCUUAUCAUGCAUCAACAUUAUGUCUGCCUGCUGGUUCAGUAAUUCUGACGGCCAGUCAAAUUAUAUGCCCAAAACAUUACAAAGCACCACAUCCUCCAUUAAAUGCAGCAUGGUGUUUCCUAUGUACACGUGGUGGUAGUCUUAUUUGUUGUGAUACGUGUCCAACUUCCUUUCACUUGGAAUGUUUAGGUAUAAAUGCACCAGAUGGCGGAUUUAUAUGUGAAGAUUGUGAAACAGGAAGAUUACCUCUGUAUGGGGAAGUUGUAUGGGUGAAACUCGGCCAUUAUCGGUGGUGGCCAUCUCGUAUAUGCUACCCACAUGAAAUUCCUGAAAAUGUAGAGGCCAAAUCUCACAGUCCUGGUAAAUUUUGCGUAAUGUUUUUGGGAUCUAACGAUUAUUAUUGGGUACAUAGAGGUCGAGCCUUUUUGUAUCAAGAUGGUGAUGCAACUACGAAACCACCUAUAGGUAAAAAAACUAUGAUGGACGAUACAUAUCGAAUAGCUCUUGAAGAAGCCAAUAAAAUACAUCAGCAAUUAAAAGCAAGACGUUCCAUGACUAAAGAACCAAAAGGACUGAAACCACCACCAUAUGUAAAAUUAAAAGUCAAUAAACCAGUGGGUAACGUCAAGCCAACCGAAGUCGAAAGCAUUGUGGCAUGUGAAUGUGAUCCUGAAUGGGAUAAUCCUUGUGCACCUAACACGGAUUGUCUAAAUCGUAUACUAAUGGUUGAAUGCAGUCCUGGAAUCUGUCCAGCUGGAGCUAAAUGUAUGAAUCAGUCGUUUGUACUGCGACAGUAUCCGGCAAUGGAGCCAUUUCAUACCGUGGGUCGCGGCUGGGGCUUGAGGACUUUGGAGGAUGUUAAAACGGGACAAUUUGUCAUUGAGUAUGUAGGAGAAAUUAUAGACGAUGCUGAAUAUAAGCGUAGAUUACAUCGGAAGAAAGAACUGAAAAAUGAGAAUUUCUACUUCCUGACAAUAGACAACAAUAGAACGAUUGAUGCUGAACCAAAAGGAAAUCUGAGUCGAUUUAUGAAUCAUUCAUGUGCUCCAAACUGCGAAACGCAGAAGUGGACAGUGAAUGGAGACACUCGUAUAGGUCUAUUCGCUUUGCGCGAUAUAGAAUCUGGAGAAGAGCUAACAUUUAACUACAAUUUAGCAUCUGAUGGAGAAACACGAAAAGCGUGUCUAUGCGGUGCAUCAAAUUGUAGUGGUUUUAUUGGAUUAAAGGCACAGAAACAACAAAUCCCAGUAGUACAGAAACAACAAACACCAGUAGGACUGAAACAACAAAUGCCAGUAGCACAGAAACAACAAACGCCAGUAGCACAAUCAACUGUGCAAUUAAAAAAAAUUGACAAGCCGAAACGAUAUAAACGAUGGAGAAAGCAUAAAUGUUGGCGAUGUGGACAAGAAAUAUCAUUUGACAACAACGAAUUUGUAAUCUGCUCACAAAAGACUUGUAACAAAAAGUAUCAUCAAACGUGCGUAAUAAUCGAUGAAUCAACAGACUCGAAAUUCUCUUGUCCGUGGCAUUUUUGCUCAGAAUGUGGACGUCGAACAUCAGCACAUUGUUCAUUUUGUAGCACUGCCUUUUGUCAAGUCCAUCUGGAUGGUAAUUUAUUUGAACGGGAGGAUGACAAGGGCUUCAUGUGCAAGUCUCAUGAAAAUAUGGAUACACAGAAACCUAUUGAAGAUGAGAAAGAAUAUUCGGAUAACGAGACAGAUAAAGAAUAUUCUUCGACAAGUUCCACUAGUCCGAUUGUAAUGGAAAAAAUUGCAACGCGAGAACCAUCACCAAGGGUUUCUAUCGUAGAGGUUCAUCUAAGCAGCGAAGAGAGUGAAGAAUCUCAGAAGGAAGAGGAAGAAAACAAUCUCGAGACUAAAUUUAUGUCAUGUGAUGAAAGUUCAAGAACAAAAGAAACAUUUCAUAAAUCAUUGAAGAAAGUAAAUCAAGCGAAGGAGUUAAGUAAUCUUACAUCUAGUCAACUGGAAGCUAUAAUUGGUGUUAAUCUCUCUCCAUGAAUGAAUUUCUCUGCCAUUCAAUGAAAUUCCCUGUU